GAGCCGGGUGUGUGGUUUAAGGCUGCAGGUCACACUUCAUCAUGGGAGAGCCUCAGCAAGUGAGUGCUUUGCCGUUACCGCCGGUGCAGUACAUCAAAGAGUUCACUGACGAAAAUGUCCGCAAGGGUUUGGUCCCCAAGCCGCCAGCGCCCGUCAAGGACAGCUACAUGAUGUUUGGUAACCAGUUCCAAUGCGAUGACAUCAUCAUCCGCCCCCUGGAGAGCCAGGGCAUCGAGCGGCUGCACCCUCAGCAGUUCGACCACAAAAAGGAACUGAGGAAACUCAACAUGUCCAUUCUGGUCAACUUCCUGGACCUACUGGACGUCUUGAUACGAAGUCCCGGAAGUAUAAAGCGGGAGGAGAAGCUGGAGGAUAUGAAACUUCUGUUCGUUCACAUGCACCACCUCAUCAACGAAUACCGACCCCACCAAGCCCGCGAGACCCUGAGGGUGAUGAUGGAGGUGCAGAAGAGACAGCGUCUAGAGACCGCAGAGAGGUUCCAGAAGCAUCUCGAGAGGGUGGUAGAGAUGAUCCAGAACUGUUUGGCCUCGUUACCUGAUGAUCUGCCCCUGCCUGACAGCGACGUCACUGUUAAGACUGAACGUGUAGAAGAGCCUUGUUCUGACCACAAGGACACGCCCACAGAGGCUACCUGUUCAGCCAGAGAGGCAGCGGUAGACAAAGAUGCAGCCAUGUGUGUUAUCAUUGAUGAGAUGACAUAGGGGAUAUUUCUAAUGUUUUCAUGUUUCAGGACCUUGGCCAGAGUUUUUGGGUCCCGACAAAUAUUUGUCACCUCCUCAGAUACUCAGGUGUCCACCAUACUUCUCUUGAGGACUCCUUAGUGAGGCUACGACGUAUGUACUUAGGCAAUAUGGAAACAAUGUUUCAGGGAACCAUUGUUCUGCUCUCAGGAAUGUAUUUCUACCUUUUAUUAUUGAUAAGUUCAUUUGCAUUCUGUUUGCCAAGAAGUAUUUCCUGUUUUCUGUUUGGCAUCCAGCGGGAGGUGUCCUUGUCUAUAAGUUUGUUAAUGUUAUUCGGUUCUUAUUUGCAGAAGUAAAAUGCUUUGCU